AUGGCCACUUCUACAUGUAGCCUUAUCAGCUACUGUUCUUUCUAUACUCGUAGCAAUAUCAAUCCCAAGUCCUUCUUCCUGAUUCCCGGAACUAAACACAAGAGCGUAAGUGCCCCAUUCUCGUCCUCCCUUACAUUUUUAUCAAUAUCUCCGUCGCCCGCCCGGGUAAUUACAGCCAAAGCAGCGUCAAGCGGUAACAACAGUAAAGACACCAAAAAGGAGCAAGUAGUUGAGGAAGAGGAAGUAGAGGAGGAAUUGCCCUGGAUACAAGAGAAGGCUUUGGAUUUGGUAGAGUUCACGGGAUCAGUCACGCAGGCCAUUCCCGGCCCGCGUGUGGGCCAGAGCUCCCUGCCGUGGAUUAUUGCCGUUCCGUUAGCCUAUCUUAGCAUCACUUUUGCCAUUGCAGUUGUUAAGACAGUUCGCAAGUUUAAUUCUCCCAGGGAGAAGCGUCGCAAAUUGGUCAAUACAAAUGCAUUUCUAUGCAAAUCCAUAGAUGAGAUGUUCGAGAAAGGAAGAGAUGAAUUAGAUCAAUUGGCAUUAAACGGACUCAUGCAGAAGACUGGUUUUGACAUGGAGGAGAUUUUACGAAAGUAUAUAAGAUAUGUGUUGAAUGAGAAGCCAUUUAAUCCAGAUUGUGUAGCAAAUUUGAUCCAGCUUAGGAAAGCAUCAAUGUUGGAUGAUUCUCAAGUCACUAACGUUCUGAAUGAAAUUUCAAGAAGGAUCGUGAAAGACAAAGGUCCUGUGGUCAUGGAUAUGACAGGAUAUUCUGAAAAGGGUUUCAAAAGAAAACUUGCAGUGCAAGCUCUUUUUGGAAAGGUUUAUUAUCUGUCUGAGCUGCCCGAGUUCUGUUCAAGGGAUAGCUCUUUAACCGUUAAAGAAAUUUUUGGAGUAGCAGAUGAAGAUGCUGAAAAGCUGAGGCUACACACCGUUUCAGAAGCUGGGGAUAUGGAUUCGCUGGAGAAGAUGGUUGAUGGUUCGGAUUCAGAAGAUGUUGCUGGUAAUUCUGUGGCCAAUGAUCUGUGUAAGAAAUGUUUCAGCGCUACAGCAGCUGGCUCCGCAUCCUCCGUUGUCACGGCGGUUGCCAGAUCUAAGAAAUCGUUUAGAUCCAGCUCGUCCUCAAGGUCUUCGCCUGAGAGAAAAUUGAAACCUGUUGAGAUCAGUCAGGGUUUAAAGAAAGAUGAUUCGGAUUCGGCGGAGGUUGUGCUAGUGAAGCGAGAGGUGAAUCGUUGCUCCGGUUGCCGGAGGAAAGUAGGUUUGAUUGGAUUUAGAUGCAGAUGCGGCAAGCUCUUCUGUGCCAAUAAUCGUUAUUCAAUAGGCACGACUGUAGCUACGGCUACAAAGCUACCGGAAGAGAGGCCAACUCGAGGAAAAUCCUGUGGUUAA